GGAAGCGAGCGUCUUUCCGUUUUUCUUCGCGCUACCGCUUCAUCUCAGGUCCUCCUCUUGAUCUUGGCCGUUGCGUUUUCUCUUCACUUUCUUCCCUAAAACAAAUGUCCUUAAACUCUUCUGUUUUUUUUUUUUCUGGGAACGGGGGAGACGGGCGGACGACUUGGUUAAAAAGCGGCGUUUCCAGGACUUGUCUCCGGUCUCCGACCUAGGCGGAGCUCCGGAGUCGCGACUGUCAUGCCUCUCGAUGGGGACGGCGAUGGCGACAAGAGGAAGAUUUUCAUUUCGGCCACUGCCGGCAACUACUUUGGGCUGUCGUCGUAUGGGAGCCUGGCACCCCUCUCUGCCAGUCCCGAACUGGCCAACUUUUUGGAUGAUGGCAACGAAUAUCUUCUCUGUGUGCAGCACUCGGAAGACCAGAUAUCGGUCUCAAACAAGGUUGAAGCUAGUAAUUCAGAAGACAAAAUGCUAGUAUUCUUCAAGUUGCGACCAGAUGUUAUUACAGAAGAUAAUCUUCACACCAAUAUUCUUGUAUCAUCUAUGUUAGAUUCUCCAGUUAAUAUGCUUUAUCAAGCAGUGCGACAGGUAUUUGCACCGGUACUACUGAAAGAUGAAAAAUGGAGUAAAGAUUUUGAUCCCAAACUGCAAAAUCUUUUGCGGGAGUUAGAAACUGGCUUAGGUUCUGUUCUAAGGAAAACAGAUACUGCUUAUACAGGAGCAAAAUAUCGGGAAGAUGAUGUUCAAGCUGUACUUUGCCCAAAUGAUGAAUUUCAAUUCUGGACAGAGCGUGCUCAACAUGGAAGUAAAUCUUGCAGCAAGGACAGAGCUUCUCAUUUUAAAGAGCUGUUUGAAGCCAUUGCAUAUGAUUAUUACAAUUUGGACAGCUUAUCUUUAUUUGAGGUUGUGGAUUUAGUGGAGACUACACGGGACAUUGUUGAUGAUGUCUGGAGGCAAUCCGAUCACGAGCCUUUUCCACAGUCACGCAUGAAGAACCUUUUGGAUGUCAUAGCUGGCUCUCUUGGAAGAUUUGUUCAGAAGAAGUUAGGUACUUUAAACCUAUGGGAGGAUUCGUUUCACACGGUAAAAGAGAAUCUGAAGGCUGGCAUCAUUAUUUGUGAACAGUGGGUUGCAGCUUGUGACCAUCUAACAGGACAGUUAUGGCAGCGUUAUACCCCGCAUAUAUGGCGAGGAGAGAAAUAUAUCCCUGAAACACUAGGAAAACUUGGCAAACGUCUUGAAGAGGUAUUAAGUAUUCGAUCGCUUCAUGAGAAACUUACAUAUUUUUUGCCAACUGGUGAGCAGCAAGCAUUGCAUCUUGCCCAAGUGUUUGAACCUUUUGCUGGAUUGAAUCCUGUGCAUUACAAUCCCUACACUGAGCCUUUGUGGAAAGCAGCGGUACGUCAAUAUGAAAGAAUUAUUGCUCCAGCAGAACAAAAAAUAGCAAGCAAGUUGAAAAGCUUUAUUUCAGAAAUCCAGGAUAGUCCACAACAGCUUCUUCAGGCUUUUCAGAAAUACAAAGAAUUGGUACGACGUCCAAGCAUUAGUAAAGAAUUGCUUUUAGAAAGAGAAACUUUGUUGGCAAAACUUCAAGGUGCAGUUAAAGAUUAUCAGACUGAUUUUGAGACACGUUGCCAUGGCACUCCAGGCGAUGCAUCAGGGCCGCUUGCGGGGAAGAACCUCUCUGAGGUUGUGAAUAAUAUUGUCUGGGUGCGCCAGCUAGAAUUGAAGGUAGAUGAUGCCAUUAAGAUUGCAGAGGCCCUUCUUUCAGACCUAUCUGGAUUUCAAAAUUUCCGACAAACUGCCGAUGACCUUCUAGAACAGUUAAAAAUGUAUGAACAAGAACAGUUUGAUGAUUGGUCCAGGGACAUUCAAACAGGUCUCUCAAACCCAAAGUCUGGUCUUUGUAUACAGGCCAAUAGUCCUGUCAUGGAACUUAAUCAUUCCGAUGGAGCCUUAAAAAUACAUUAUUCAGAUCGCUUGGUAACUCUCCUUAGAGAAGUACGUCAGCUCUCUGCACUUGGGUUUGUCAUUCCUGUCAAAAUACAACAGGCUUCAAACACUGCUGAAAAUUUUUGCAAACAAGCAGUGAUUCUCAAACAGGUGGCACACUUUUAUAACAGUAUCGAUCAGCAAAUGAUUCCAAGUCAGAAGCCAAUGAUGUUGCAGUCGGCGUUAGCAUUUGAACAGAUAAUUAAACACUCAAAAGCAGAAGGGCAAAUAACAUGGGACAAUCCUAAAGAACUAGACAUGUAUAUCAAGAAACUCCAAAGUGCAGCAGAACGGCUUGCCACAGAAAAUAGAAAGUUAAGAAAAUGGCAUAUGAGUUUUGUAGAAAAGGUUGUUGGCCUGAUGAACAUUGAUCUGCUUCGUCAACAGCAACGUUGGAAAGAUGGUUUACAAGAACUUCGGGGAGGAUUCUCUAGCCUUGAAUCACAGGGUUUUCUUUCAAAUGACAUGAAAGCAUGGAGACUUCAUUGGAACCACCAACUCUACAAAGCUUUGGAGCAUCAGUAUCAGAUGGGCUUGGAAGCACUCAAUGAAAAUCUGCCAGAAAUAAACAUUGAUUUAACUUACAAACAAGGAAGAUUGCAAUUCAAACCCCCCUUUGAAGAAGUACGAGCAAGGUAUUACAGAGAGAUGAAGAGAUUCAUUUCAAUCCCUAAUCAAUUUAAGGGAGUAAGUGAGACCGAUGAAGAGUGCAUCUUUUCUGUCAUGACUGAAAGAAAUGCACGUGGAUUUUUGACCACAUUCAAUAAAGCAGAAGACUUGUUCCGCAGACUGGCAGAAGUUUUAGAUCAAUUUAAGGAAUGGGUGAUAAUUGGACAAGUCGAUAUGGAAGCUUUGGUGGAGAUUCACCUUUCCAAAGAACAGGAUUGGGAGAAAAAUUUCAAAACCCUAAAAGUUAAAGGAAAAGAAGUGGAACGUCUUCCAAGCAUUGUUAAGGUAGAUUGCCUCAUAGUGAACUGUAAUCCUGUGAAGUCUGUCAUCGAUGAUCUUAUCCAGAAGUUGUAUGAUGCUCUAGUGAUGUCUUUGAGAAAAUCUAUACAAGGUCAUCAACAUGAUAUUUCUUCAUUUCUCAAUGAUGCUAUGAAUAUCUUAGUAAUAAGGCCCCAGUCAGUGGAAGAAAUAACGGAAGAUAGUUUAAAAUAUAAAAAUGUAAAAGACAAAAAAGAAGAGGUCUUUCUUCUUUUCCAAGAAGCAGAAAGUAAAAACAAGCUUCUCCGAACUGUGGCUGGUGGGGGCAUUGAAACAAUUGGGAACUUGAGAGCUACAUGGGAUAAAUUUGAGUUAAUGAUGGAGAGUCAUCAGCUGAUGAUUAAAGAACAGGUCGAAGUGAUGAAAAGCAAUGUGAAAACCCGUGUUAAUACUUACCUUCAGGAACUGGAAAAAUUUAAAGCUCGGUGGGACCAGUUGAAACCUAGUGAUGAUGUCAUUGAAACAGGACAUCAUGAUGUGCUACAGAGAAGUGCUGAGAUAAUAAAGGAAAAGAAAAUUGAAUUUGAUGAACUUGAGGAUGCAAAGCAAAAACUGGUUAAUGACUGUUGUCACUUUGAAUUAGAAGAGCCUGAUUUCUCUUUAGCCAAUGAAGUACGCAGAGACAUUGAAUGCUGUGCUGAAGUUUGGUCACUGUAUGAACAAUUUUAUGAAGGUUUUCAAGAAAAAGCCAAUGAAGAUUGGAUUACAUUUAGGAGUAAGACCUACUUAUUUGAAGAAUUCUUGUUGAACUGGCAUGAAAAACUGAGAAAGAUUGAAGAACACACAAUAAUGACUGUGAAGUUGCAAAAAGAGGUGGAUCAGUACAAGCUGACCCUUCCUGUAUUGAAAUAUGUUAAGGGAGAACAUUUGUCAUCAGAUCAUUGGUUGGACCUCUUUCGUAUUCUUGGUCUUCCUAGGGGUACCAGUCUAGGAACUCUGCUGUUUGGAGACCUCCUAAAAGUGGCAGAUGUCAUUGUGGAAAAAGCAGCAGAACUGAAGGAUUUGAACAGCAGGGCUCAUGGUGAGGUUACAAUCAGAGAAGCCUUGCGGGAGCUUGAGCUUUGGGGCGUUGGAGCUGUCUUUACGUUAACAGAUUAUGAAGAUAGCCAAAACCGGAUGAUCAAAUUGAUUAAAGAUUGGAAAGACAUAGUCAAUCAAGUUGGAGACAAUCGCUGCCUACUUCAGUCAUUGAAAGACUCUCCAUAUUACAAAGGUUUCCAAGAUAAAGUUUCUGUUUGGGAAAAGAAACUUGCUGACCUGGAUGAAUAUCUACAGAAUCUAAAUCAAAUUCAGAGGAAAUGGGUAUAUCUGGAGCCCAUUUUUGGCCGUGGAGCUUUGCCUAAAGAGCAAGCACGCUUCAACAGAGUAGAUGAAGACUUUAGAUCAAUAAUGGCAGAUAUCAAACAAGACAAUCGCGUAAUUUCUUUGAAUACUCGAGCAGGAAUAAGGACUGCCUUAAUUACUAUCCUUGACCAGCUUCAGAGAUGUCAAAAAUCUUUAAAUGAAUUCCUGGAGGAAAAGCGUUCUGCAUUCCCCAGAUUUUAUUUCAUUGGAGAUGAUGAUCUUCUGGAAAUCUUGGGUCAGUCUACUAAUCCAUUAGUUAUCCAAUCUCAUCUGAAGAAGUUGUUUGCUGGAAUUCACAGUGUAAGCUUUGAUGAAGAUUUUAAAAAUAUUAUUGCAAUGAAAUCUGUAGAAGGUGAAACCGUACCUUUCAAAAAUAAAAUUCUGCUAUCCAAUGACGUUGAGGUAUGGCUGAACAAAUUGUCUUUAGAGAUGAAGGAGACAUUAAAGAAACUAUUGAUUGACUGUGUUGCCACUGGGAAAAGAUUGCAGGGUUCAAUUGAUCCAUCACUCUUUCCUUCACAGAUUUUAUGUUUGGCUGAACAAAUUCAAUUCACAGAAGAUGUUGAGUGUGCAGUCAAAGAAUGUAAUUUGCAACAGAUAGAAUUAGAAUUAAUGGCUAAGUUGGAACAUUACACCAGUAUAGAUACUAAUAUAGAAGACUCGGGCAAUGCAGAAUCUGGAAUCCUUGAGUUAAAGCUUAAAGCCCUGAUUUUGGAUGUUAUUCAUAACAUUGAUACUGUACAACAGCUUAUUGCAGCUCAGGUCAAUAGUACUGAUGAUUGGGCCUGGAAGAAGCAACUCAGAUUUUAUCUUAAGGAUAAAAAAUGUUAUAUUCAGAUGGUGGAUGCUGAACUUCAGUACACUUAUGAAUAUCAGGGAAAUUCACCAAAGCUUGUUUAUACACCAUUAACUGACAAGUGUUACCUUACACUUACUCAAGCUAUGAAGAUGGGCCUUGGAGGAAAUCCCUAUGGCCCAGCUGGAACUGGCAAGACAGAAUCUGUAAAGGCUCUAGGGGGAUUACUUGGAAGACAAGUUUUGGUGUUUAAUUGUGAUGAGGGCAUUGACGUGAAAUCAAUGGGGCGUAUAUUUGUUGGUUUGGUAAAAUGUGGAGCCUGGGGCUGUUUUGAUGAGUUUAAUCGUCUGGAAGAAGCAGUACUUUCUGCUGUAUCUAUGCAGAUUCAGACAAUUCAACAUGCUUUGAAGAAACAUCAACCUGUUUGUGAGUUACUUGGAAAAGAGGUAGAAAUGGAUCAUAAUUCUGGAAUUUUUAUCACCAUGAAUCCUGCUGGGAAAGGCUAUGGAGGCAGACAGAAAUUGCCUGACAAUCUUAAACAGCUUUUUAGACCAGUUGCUAUGACUCGUCCUGAUAAUGAGCUAAUUGCAGAAGUGAUAUUAUAUUCAGAAGGCUUUAAAGAUGCUAAACCUCUGGGAAGAAAACUGGUGGAUAUUUUCAAUUUAGCACGAGAGCUCUUGACUCCUCAGCAGCACUAUGAUUGGGGCCUGCGAGCAUUAAAGACUGUUCUGAGGGGAUGUGGAAAUCUUCUUCGACAGCUGAAAAAGAACGGAAUUAAAAAGAAAGUUAAUGAAAGCCACAUUGUGGUUCAAGCUUUGCGUCUUAAUACCAUGUCAAAGCUUACCUUUGCAGAUUGUGCACGAUUUGAUGCACUGGUUAAAGAUGUCUUUCCUGGAAUUGACUUCAAUGAUGUAGAUUAUGCUGAGUUAAAUAGUGCUUUGCAAAAAACCUUUGAGGAGGCCAAUCUGGAAAUCAUAUCUACCCAGAUAAAGAAGGCUUUGGAAUUGUACGAGCAACUCCGUCAAAGAAUGGGUGUGGUUAUUGUAGGCCCAAGUGGUGCAGGCAAAUCAACCCUUUGGCGGACAUUAAGAGCAGCUCUUGGAAAGGUUGGCAAAGUAGUGAAGCAAUAUACCAUGAACCCUAAAGCUAUGCCCCGCCAUCAGUUACUCGGUCAUAUUGAUAUGGACACAAGGGAGUGGUCAGAUGGUGUGCUUACAAAUAGUGCUCGGCAAGUAGUACGAGAACCUCCAGAUGUUACUUCAUGGAUAAUCUGUGAUGGUGACAUAGAUCCUGAAUGGAUUGAAUCCCUGAAUUCUGUCCUUGAUGAUAAUCGACUACUUACUAUGCCUAGCGGAGAAAGAAUUCAGUUUGGUCCAAAUGUUAACUUUCUUUUUGAAACUCAUGACUUGAGCUGUGCUUCUCCUGCCACAAUAUCUCGAAUGGGAAUGAUUUUCCUUAGCGACGAAGAUACUGAUCUUAAUUCACUGAUCAAAUCCUGGUUGAGAAACCAACCUGAAGAAUGCAGACACAAUCUUAAAAACUGGAUUGGAGAUUAUUUUGAGAAAGCUUUAAAUUGGGUACUAAAGCAGAACGACUAUGUGAUAGAAACAAGUUUGGUUGGAACUGUGAUGAAUGGGUUGUCCCAUCUUCAUGGAUGCACUGAACGUGGACAGUUUAUAAUAAGCCUGAUAAGAGGACUUGGGGGAAAUCUCAAUAUGAAAUCACGGCAAGAAUUUACCAAAGAGGUUUUUUCCUGGGCCCGAGAAUCCCCUCCAAACCCCAACAAACCAAUGGAUACCUUCUUUGAUCCUGAUAGUCAACAGCUAGUAUCCUACCAACUGAAAAAGCCUGAAAACCUUACGGCAGAUGAUUUCAGCAAUACUCAGACGCUUCCAGUAAUUCAAACACCUGAUAUGCAAAGAGGAUUAGAUUAUUUUAAGCCUUGGUUAGGGUUUGAUAGCAAGCAACCAUUUCUUCUUGUUGGACCUGAAGGAUGUGGUAAAGGAAUGCUACUCCGUUAUGCCUUUUCCCAGCUUCGAUCUACUCAGAUUGCUACAGUACAUUGCAGUGCACAGACUACAUCUCGGCAUCUUCUGCAAAAAUUAAGUCAGACAUGUUUAGUAAUUAGCACUAAUAUGGGACGAGUAUAUAGGCCAAAGGAUUGUGAAAGGCUGGUUUUAUAUCUGAAAGAUAUAAAUUUGCCUAAGCCUGACAAAUGGGGAACAAGCACAUUGGUAGCUUUCCUACAGCAGGUGCUUACAUAUCAAGGAUUUUAUGAUGAAAAUCUUGAGUGGGUAGGGUUGGAAAACAUCCAAAUUGUGGCAUCCAUGUCUGCUGGAGGAACAGUGGGAAGACAUAAACUUACUUCCAGGUUUACUUCUAUAGUCCGUCUUUGUGCGAUUGAUUAUCCAGAAAGAGAUCAGCUACAGACCAUUUACAGUGCAUACUUAGAACCAGUUCUACACAAGAAUCUAAAAAACCAUCCUGCUUGGGGAUCCUUAGCAAAAAUAUACCAGUUAGCGGGAUCCAUGGUUCAAGUAUAUGAGCAGGUUCGAGCCAAAUUCACAGUUGAUGACUACAGCCACUACCUUUUUACACCCUGUAUUCUUACUCAGUGGGUUCUAGGUUUAUUCAGAUAUGAUUUAACAGGAGCGGGAUUUACACACUCGGUAGAUACUGUCUUGGAAAUUGUUGCAUAUGAGGCAAAACGGCUUUUCCGUGACAAAAUUGUUGGUGCUAAAGAAGUUCAUAUAUUUGAUAAUAUUUUAAUGAAAGUAUUUCAAGGAGAUUGGGGAUCAGAUAUUUUGGACAACAUGGCAGAUACCUUUUAUGUGACGUGGGGAGCUCACCAUGAAUUAGGAACCAUCAUGGCUCCUGGGCAGACUCUGCCACCUCAUGGGAGGCCACUUGGCAAACUUAACUCAACAGACUUAAAAGAUAUUAUUAGGAAGGGUAUUAUUCAUUAUGGACGAGAUAACCAUGAAAUAGAGAUUUUACUUUUCACGGAAGUCUUUGAUUAUGUGUCCAGAAUUGAUAGAGUAUUGAGUUUUCCUGGAGGCUCCCUUCUGUUAGCAGGGCAGAGUGGAGUGGGUCGUCGAACCAUUACAUCUUUAGUCAGUCACAUGCACGGGGCCAUUCUGAUUACACCCAAGAUUUCCAGAGGCUAUGAAAUGAAACAGUUCAAAAAUGAUUUGAAACAUGUCAUGCAACUUGCAGGAAUUGAAGCUCAACAUGUUGUACUAUUAUUGGAAGACUAUCAGUUUGUCCAGCCCACUUUUCUUGAGAUGAUCAACAGCUUAUUAUCAUCAGGCGAAGUUUCUGGAUUGUACACAAUAGAAGAAUUGGAGCCACUCCUGUCCCCUUUGAAAGAUCAAGCAUCACAGGAUGGAUUUACGGGACCAGUUUUCAACUAUUUCACUUACAGAAUUCAGCAGAAUCUUCAUGUUGUAUUGAUUAUGGAUUCCACUAAUUUGAAUUUCACAAUAAAUUGUGAAAGUAACCCUGCACUUCAUAAGAAGUGUCAGGUGCUCUGGAUGGAAGGCUGGUCUGAAAGCAGUAUGAAAAAGAUACCUGAGAUGUUAUUUGCUGAAGCAGAUGAAAAGGAAAAAGUGGCUAAAACAUCAAAAGAACACAAAAAAAAGAACUCUGGUGACUUGGAAUUUAUUAAGUCCUUUUUGACGAUUCAUGAGUCAUGUAAACUUUAUGGAGCUACACCCAGAAGAUACAUGACUUUCCUGCAUACAUAUCUUGCCAUUCAUAACAGCAAAAGGACAGAGUUGAUAAAAAGGCAAAGUCAUUUGCAGGCUGGAGUAGCUAAAUUAAAUGAAGCCAAAGCACUUGUUGAUGAAUUAAACAGGAAAGCAGAAGAACAAGGCAUAUUACUCAAAACAAAGCAAGACGAAGCCGAUGCUGCUCUUCAAGAAAUCACUGUUUCUAUGCAGGAUGCAAGUGAACAAAAAUCAGAAAUGGAAAAAAUAAAGCAGAAAAUAGCCCAAGAAGUAGUUAAAAUUGAAGAAAGAAAAAAAAUAAUUGAGGAUGAAUUGAAAGAGGUUCAGCCACUGGUUAAUGAAGCUAAAUUAGCAGUUGGAAAUAUCAAACCAGAAUCUCUGUCUGAAAUCCGUUCCUUACGUAUGCCACCUGAUAUCAUUAGGGACAUACUAGAAGGUGUCUUACGGUUGAUGGGUAUCUUUGAUACAUCGUGGGUGAGCAUGAAGAGUUUCCUUGCAAAAAGAGGUGUGAGAGAAGAUAUUGCAACUUUUGAUGCUAGAAAUAUUCCAAAGGAUAUUCGUGAGAGCGUAGAAGAUCUUCUAACUAAAAAUAAGGCAUCUUUUGACUCAAAGAAUGCAAAAAGGGCCAGUACUGCAGCCGCACCCUUAGCAGCAUGGGUUAAGGCUAACGUUCAGUACUCAUAUGUGUUAGAACGAAUUCAGCCUCUGGAAACCGAACAAUCUGGUUUACAAGCUAAUCUCAGAAAAACAGAAGAUAGAAAACGGAAGUUAGAAGAUUUGCUUAAUUCCGUUGGUCAGAAAGUGGCAGAAUUAAAAGAUAAGUUCCAGGCCAGAACCAGUGAAGCUGCUAAACUGGAAACAGAACUUGUGAAAGCUCAAGAGACAGUGAAAGCUGCAGAGAUACUGAUUAAACAGCUUGAUAGGGAGCAUAAAAGAUGGAAUGCACAGGUGUCAGAAAUAGCGGAUGAAUUAAGUACACUGCCAAGGAGAGCUCAACUGUCUGCAGCAUUUAUUACUUACCUCUCAGCUGCACCCGAAGACCAAAGAAAAGCAAGCUUGGAUUCAUGGACAAAAUCUGCUAGUCUUGAAAAAUUUGAUCUUAGGCGGUUUCUAUGCACAGAGAGUGAGCAAUUGAUUUGGAAAAGUGAAGGUUUGCCCUCUGAUGAUCUGUCAAUAGAAAAUGCUCUUGUAAUACUUCAGAGUAAAGUUUGCCCAUUUUUGAUAGACCCUUCUUCCAGAGCUACAGAAUGGUUAAAAACACAUUUGAAAGAAUCACGCUUGGAAAUUAUCAACCAACAGGAUACAAACUUUAUUAAUGCCCUUGAAUUGGCUGUGCGAUUUGGAAAAACUCUUAUUAUACAGGAAAUGGAUGGGGUUGAGCCUGUGCUUUAUCCUCUGCUUAGAAAGGAUCUUGUUGCCCAAGCUUUUAGCUUUGACUAUCCAACAUGAAAAGCCAGAUUUGGAAGAACAAAAAACAAAAUUAUUACAGCAGGAAAAAGAAAAGAAAAUACAGCUGGCAAAACUUGAAGAAUCUCUUUUGGAGACGCUUGCAACUUGUAAGGGAAAUAUACUUGAAAAUAAGGAUCUGAUUGAAUCUCUGAAUCAAACUAAAGCAAGUAGUGCCCUCAUUCAAGAAUCUCUUGUUGAGUUUUAUAGACUUCAGAUUUCCCUUGAUCAGGAAAGGGAUGCAUAUCUCACUCUGGCUGAAAGUGGCAGCAAGAUGUAUUUUAUUAUUUCUGACUUGUCCAAAAUUAACAACAUGUAUCGUUUUAGUCUGGCUUCUUUCCUGAGACUUUUUCAAAGGGCUCUGCAAAGUGAACUGGAUUUAGGAAAUACUGAGGAAAGAAUAAAGUCUCUUAUCAGCUCAUUGAAACACUUGGUAUAUGAAUAUGUCUGUCGUUGUUUAUUUAAGGCGGAUCAGCUAAUGUUUGCAUUACAUUUUGUGAAAGGAAUGCAUCCUGAACUUUUUCAAAACAAUGAAUGGGACACAUUUACCGGUGUAAUCAUUGGAGAUAUGUUAAGAAAAUCAGAUUCCACCAAAAGCAUCAGAGAUCAGAUUCCCUCUUGGAUAGAACAGGAAAGAAGUUGGGCAGUGGCAACUCUAAAGAUCUCUCUCCCAACUUUGUAUCAAAUGGUUUGCUUUCAAGAUGAAGCACUGUGGCAGCCUUUCUCACGGAGCUCAGUGUGUGAACAAGAAUUUCCAUCUAUUAUAGCAAAUAGAAUGUCUCUAUUUCAGCAGGUCCUUGUGGUCCAGGCUGUCAGGCCAGAUAGGCUACAGAGUGCAAUGGCUCUUUUUGCUUGUAAAACUUUGGGGAUUAAAGAGCUGUCACCACCCCCACUCAAUCUGAAACGCCUGUACAAAGAAACAUUGGAAAUCGAACCAAUCUUGAUUAUUAUUUCUCCUGGUGCUGAUCCUUCUCAAGAAUUGCAGGAGCUUGCAAGCACUGAAAGAAAUGGAGAAUGCUACCACCAGGUGGCCAUGGGCCAAGGUCAAGCUGAUCUAGCUAUUCAGAUGGUAAAAGAUUGUGCCCGAAAUGGAGAAUGGUUGUGCUUGAAGAAUUUGCACCUUGUUGUAUCGUGGCUGCCUAUAUUGGAAAAGGAGCUGAAUAACCUACAGCCCCAGCCUGGGUUUCGUCUUUGGUUGACAGCUGAAGUCCAUCCCAGCUUUUCUCCCAUUUUACUCCAAUCAAGUCUGAAGAUAACAUACGAAGCACCUCCAGGCCUCAAAAAGAACCUAAUGCGAACAUAUGAAUCUUGGACGCCAGAACAAAUUAGUAAAAAGGGUAAUUUAGCUCGAGCUCAUGCUCUUUUUAGCCUGGCUUGGUUUCAUGCUGCUUGUCAAGAACGAAGGAAUUAUAUCCCUCAGGGAUGGACCAAAUUUUAUGAAUUUUCUUUAUCUGAUCUUCGUGCAGGAUAUGAUAUUAUUGACAGACUCUUUGAUGGUACCAAAGAUUUUCAGUGGGAGUUUGUGCAUGGCUUAUUGGAAAAUGCUAUUUAUGGAGGUCGCAUAGAUAAUUACUUUGAUAUGAGGGUCCUGCGAUCUUACCUGGAACAAUUCUUUAACUCCAGAGUCAUUGCUGACUCAAAUUUCCGGGGCAAGAAGAUGAGCAGAUUUCCUUAUUCUAUUUCUCUACCUAGCUCUUGCAAUAUAUUGGAUUAUCGCCAUGUGAUUGAAAGCCUUCCAGAAGAUGACAAGCCUGAUUUUUUUGGUUUGCCUGCCAAUAUUGCACGUUCUUCUCAGCGAAUGAUCAGUUCUUUGGUAAUUUCACAACUUCGGAUCUUGAGUAGGUCUGUAACUGCCGGUUGCAAAUUUGACAGAGAAAUCUGGUCAAAUGAGCUUUCUCCAGUCCUCAAUCUAUGGAAAAAGCUUAAUCAGAAUUCCAAUCUGAUUCAUCAGAAAGUGUCUCCUCCUUCUGAACGUCAAGGCUCUCCAAUCCUUUCAUUCAUUAUCUUAGAACAAUUUAAUGCCAUCCGCUUAGUUCAAAGUAUUCAUCAGUCUCUUGCUGCUCUCAGUAAAGUAAUUCGAGGAACCUCACUCUUAAGCUCAGAAGUUCAAAAAUUAGCCAGCGCUUUAUUAAAUCAAAAGUGCCCUUUAACAUGGCAGAGCAAAUGGGAAGGCCCAGAAGAUCCUUUACAGUAUCUGAGAGCUGUUGUAGCACGAGCACAUGCUAUUCAGAAUUGGGUGAGUAAAGCAGAAAAGCAGACCUUACUUUUGGAUACUCUGGACCUCUCAGAACUCUUCCAUCCAGAUACUUUUCUGAAUGCCUUAAGGCAAGAGACUGCAAGAGUAAUGACCUGUUCUGUGGAUAGCCUAAAAUUUACAGCAUCCUGGAAAGGUCAAAUAAGAGAAGCGAAGCUCCAAGUUCAGAAUACUUAUGGGCCCUAUUCCCCUGAAGAGUGCAUAUCUUUGCCUGUUUACACUAGUGCUGAAAGGGAUUGCGUGGUAACAAACAUUGAUGUCCCAUGUGGAGGGAAUCAAGAUCAAUGGAUCCAAUGUGGUGCCGCUUUAUUUCUGAAAAAUCAGUAAGAAGAAGCUGCUGCUAGCCAUCAGAUUUUCAUUCUACUUCGGAUUGUACUUUUAAAGGACAUAAUUUUUGGAAUUGAAAAGAGAAGUCCCGGCUAUUAAAUAAAAGCAAAUUAUACUGAAGUAUAUUUAUGAAACAUGUAUAAUUUUCAUUGCUCUCAUUAAAUAAUUUCUAGUUUUUUUCAAAGUCA